AUGAGUAUUUUAUUAGCCGGUGGACGGUCGGCAACGGCUCGUCGUUUUUCACAAGCUGCCUUAAAUUCAUCAAACUGUCAAUGGCCAUCAGUAGCUACGAUGCGCCAUGAGAGUAUAUCAAUCAUGGGUCGACGUCGUGCACUUGAUUUAUACGGCACAAAAGAUGUACUCUUUACACAUGAACAGAUGAAACGAGCUAAACGAUCAUUGGGGAGUACAGGAGGCAUUUCUCUAUCAGGAAUUAUCCGUCUGUGUGAUCAGCAAAAUGAGUAG